GGGUAGGGCGGGUAAAUGUGUAGAAAGUAGAGGCCCAACUUGGUGAUGAAAUAAAAUGAAGGUUAGGAGAGCGGGGCGUUAGGACUGGGAAAGUGAAAGGAGAAAAAUGGGAGCAAUGAGACACAGACUGCCCCAGUUGAUACAAACUCUGCGGAAGGAGUCAGUAGAAGAGGGAAGAGUUCAGUGUUUGCCUUCGUUGAGACGCGCUUUUUCUCUCUACGAUCAGAUCAAUCUCAUCGACAACGUCCCUCAGGAUCAACUCCGCUUUCAAGGGUAUACGGAGACGGGAUUCACAGUGAAUGGGGUUAAGUACGAAGGUAGCUUGCUUUGCGUUGGCAACUUGCUUUUAUCCUGGUCUCCCACUCGCUUCUCUCUGAUUACUCCUUCAAGCUUAUCCAUCUUUCAAAUUAUGCGGCCUAUACCAGAGAUUUUGAUUCUCGGCACUGGAAGGCAGAUUCAACAAGUGGAUCCGGAAAUUAGACGGUUCAUUCGGUCUACUGGCAUGAAGUUAGAAGCCAUUGACUCGAGGAAUGCAGCGUCAACAUACAACAUACUGAAUGAAGAAGGGAGAAUUGUGGCUGCUGCACUUCUCCCAUGUGGAGUUUGUUGAUGAUGGAUGAUACGGGAAAAGGUGCAGGAUGUUUUUCAGUUGCAGCUGCAGCUGCAGCACUGCUCCAUCUCUUAAAAUAUGCAUUUGCAGCUUAAUUUUGAUGGAAAUCAAAUCAUUCUCUGUAGCAGCGGAGAGAUAUAAGAUUCAGAGGGUUGAAUGUAUUUAGUAGAGUUGGUGAGAUAGGAUGUCUUUGCAUAUCUCGUGCUUAUUACUAGCAAGGCAUGCCCAAACUAAUUAACUGCCAAAACUAAUAAUGUAUUUCUUUGGAGGUUUUUCUUUUUA